CACACAAAACAUACGGCACGUGCAAGUACGUACUCUUCCUCUUUCUUGUCGAGCAAAACAAGCUCUCUUGUUCUUUAUUUUUGCUUGAUUAAGAAAUAACUUUUAAGUUUGAAUAUCACGAUCUUGAAUCCAGAGGAAGCAAGGAACCCUUUGGCAUCAUCCUGAACAUCGUGUACUGUGCUAUUUUUUGAGUCGAUCGCUAAGUUAGGACCGCAUCUUGCAGGAUGACUAACGGCGACGACAACAAGCCUUCUAUCACAACGGAAGAUGAAUAUCAACCCUUCCCGGAUCCCCUCAUGGGAACUGGCCAAGAUGUCACCCCUAAUGGCGAUGGAGGAGUCCUGAAGGCUAUAAGGAAAGAGGGUGACACCACUGAGGAAGAUCGCCCAUUUAAGGGGGAUAAGGUUUUUGUUCAUUAUGUUGGCAGCCUAACAGACGGGGUCUUGUUUGACUCCAGUCGGUCGAGGAAUGAGAAGUUUUCUUUCACACUGGGAAAAGGUGAGGUCAUCAAAGCUUGGGACAUGGGUGUCGCUACCAUGCGGCGAGGAGAGAUCGCUGUAAUCACAUGCAAGCCAGAAUAUGCUUACGGCAAAUCAAGUAAAGCAAAGAUUCCUGCCAAUUCUACCCUGGUCUUUGAAGUGGAACUCUUUGAUUGGAAAGGCGAGGAUCUUUCAGAGGAUAACGAUGAAGGAAUCGUACGACGAAUUGUGACGGAAGGACAGGAAUAUGAUACUCCUAAUGAUGAAGCUAAAGUUGAAGCACACAUCAUUGGCCGUUACGAUGGAAAGGAGUUUGAAAACAGAGAUGUGGAAUACACAGUAACAGAAGGUAGCGACGCAGGGAUCGUUGAGGGGCUGGAGAUCGCCAUCAAGAGGAUGAAGAAAGGAGAGGUGGCAAGGUUAAAGGUCAAAUCAAAGUAUGCUUACGGGUCACAAGGCAAAGCUGAGUACAACAUUCCAGGAAAUGCGGAUGUCACGUACGAAGUCUUGCUCAAGAAUUUUGAAAAGGCCAAGGAGCCAUGGGAGAUGGACAUCGCUGAAAAGCUUGAGCAGUCAGAGGUCGUCAAAGCAAAAGGAACAAAUUACUUCAAGCAAGGGAGAUACCAAGAUGCCAUCAAGCAAUGGAAGAAAAUCAUCACUUACCUGGACAAGGAGACCAUUACGGAGGAGGAGCAGAAGAAGAAGUCCGACGCGAUGCAGCUAGCAGCCAACCUGAACGUUGCCAUGGCAGCGAUCAAGGCCGAGGAGUUUCUUGAGGCUGUCAGUCAUUGUGAUAAGGCCAUCGAGUUUGAUGCAGUCAGCGUGAAAGGGUACUUCCGUCGUGGGCAGGCCUACUAUCAUCUAACCGAGUACGAGAAGGGCAAGGUAGACUUCCUCAAAGUCCUGGAGAUAGAACCCGAGAACAAGGCGGCCAAGAACCAGCUGACACUUAGCAACCAGAAGCUCAAACAGCAUCUUGAGAAGGAGAAGAAGAUCUAUGGAAACAUGUUUGAACGGUUCGCUGACCAGGAUAGGAGAGAAAAGCUUGCUAGGGAAAGGGCAAGGGGAGACUUAGAGGUGGGCGUGUUCAGUGAUGGAGAAAAGAAGACGACUGGAUCAGAGGAGGAGAAUGAAGGCUCCAAAGAAGGUGGAGAACAGAUAGAGGAGGAAGCAAAGGAGAGUUUACCAGCAGAGGCCGAAGUGAAGGAAGAAUCAAAGGAACCUAAGGAGAGUUUACCAGCAGAGGCCGGAGUGAAGGAAGAAUCGAAGGAACCUAAGGAGAGUUUACCAGCAGAGGAUUGAGGGAAGGAAGAAUCAAUGAAAGCAUGAUACAUGUGUGUGACAGGGUUAGGGAGACUGGUACAAAGAACUCUUCUCUUUUGCUUAUUCCCAAUAUGUUUUUGCAGGAAUGAAACUCAAGACAUGAUCAAACGGGUAUUUUUGAUAGGGAGACUCAUAGCUAUUUGAGAGAAAUAGUUACCUCACUGGAAGUUGCUUCUCAUUGGUCAGGCAGUUUAUGAAGCUCCAAAAUAGUUCCCUCCCAUAGAGAUUGUACAUGGGAGAGGACUACAUGUUUUUGGAGCUCCAUGAAUUAACCGAUGACCCAUCUUGCGUACAUGU